CAUGCCUACCACGCGCCCGAGUAAAAGUUGUGUUAUUUUACGUCGUUUCCUUAAAGUUUUAUUAAACAUGUUCAUUUCCGUUAUGUUUCUAUCUGCAGAAUAUUUCACGCUUUCUUUUUUGAAUAUGCGGUUAAUGUGAUUUACUAAAGAAAUUGCUUCCACCAGUUUGCUUCGAGGGGGGCGUGAGUAUGUGUCUCAGGAAACAGAAUGAGCGGUUCUCUUAACUCUCCAGAUGGAAACGACGACUAUUGUGUCCAGCAGGAAAAUGAGCUCGAGGCCCUCGCCUCAAUAUUUUCAAAUGAUUUUGAGGAUCUACGAACUAACCGUCCGUGGAAGGUUAGAUGUCCUCCGGAGGUGUACUUGUUCUUGCGCCCCAAAGGUCUGAGUUAUGGCCAGGAAUGUUACGUGAAAGUGGACUUACAAGUCAAAUGCUCACCAACAUAUCCUGAUGCGCCUCCAGAGAUUGAGCUGAAGAAUGCCAUCGGUCUGUCCAAUGACACGCUACAGAAUCUUCAAUCUGAACUCAUGAAACUCGCCUUGGAAAGAUGUGGUGAGGUCAUGAUCUAUGAGCUAGCAGACUUUGUGCAAGGCUUCCUGACUGAGCACAAUGUGCCUCCUUCUCGCUCCUUCCAUGAGGAAAUGCUGAAGAACCAGCAGCGGCAGCAGGAGCGCCUGGCACUGGAAGAGCAGAUGAGGCUCGACCAGCGGCGCAGGCAGGAGGAGCAGAUGCAAAAUGAGAUACUUGCUGAAAUCCAGAGACGAGAAGAGGAGAGGCGAGAGGAAAAGAGGAAGAAAGAAAUGGCAAAACUGGAGCGCUUGGAGAGUGUGGUGCAGCCUGCUGUAGGAAGCCCGACGCUGGGUAGUGCCUCUUCCCCAGGCCCCCCUGCUGAGGCUGCUGAGAACAGGAAAGUGUGUAACAGGCGCCGUACCACGUCCAGCAGCAGACACAGGCGAGACACUUGCAGUGAAGAUAAUGCAUGCAUUCAUGAAGUCCUGCACUUCAGCAGCAGUGCUGUGGGAGAUAUUCUUGUACACAGAGGGAAGUGCAUAGGUGAGAGUGAAAGGCUGGGCCGUAGUGUGUAUUAUGCCCUCAAUGCCACCUCUGGAGAGUUUGGUGUUGUUUAUGAAUGGAUCCUUCAUUGGAGUAAGAAGAUGGGCAAGUUCUUCACCACCCAGGAGAAAGAGAAGAUUGAGAAAUGCAAAAAGCAGAUUCAUGGGGCUGAGAGUGAGCUAAACUCCCUGCUGAAGCUAGACCACCCCAAUCUAGUGCGCUACCAGGCCAUGAGCCUGGCACAGCGUGAGGACUGUCUGGUGGUGGACUUGCUUGCCGAGCAUGUGGCCGGCCGCAGCCUGGCGCAGGGCUUAUCCUCCGGUGCCGCGUUGCCCACGGACCAGCUCCGCCACCAUGCCGGCCAGCUGCUGGCUGCCCUUGACUACCUCCACACUAACUCAGUGGUUCAUAAGCAGCUUGUUGCCUCCUCCGUGCUUGUGGACGCCCAGGGUGACAUCAGGCUCACCGACUACAGUCUGACCAAGCGGCUGGCCGAUAUCUGCCGCGAAGACGUCUUUGAACAGGCUCGUGUGCGCUUCAGCGAGGACGCACUGCCCACACGCACAGGGAAGAAAGGUGACGUGUGGAGCCUUGGCCUGCUCCUGCUGGCCCUUAGCCAGGGACGGGAGGUCCGCGAGUACCCAGUCACCAUUCCCUCCAGCCUGCCCGCCGACCUUCAGGACUUCCUCAAAAAGUGUGUGUGUCUUAACGAUGCAGAGCGCUGGAACACUCAGCAGUUACUGCAGCAUUCCUAUCUCCAACCACCCUCACCAAAGAGUCUUCUUCCAAGCCAGGAGCCUAGCCCAGAAGACAUCGGUGUGGAUUUUGCAUCGACGGUAAUCCCACGGAGUCACCUCCUGAGCGCCCCCUUCAGUGUGGUGGUGCAGAAACAGUUCUCACGUUACUACAACGAGUUUGAGGAGCUGCAGCUGCUGGGUAAGGGUGCUUUCGGAGCAGUCAUCAAGGUCCAGAACAAGCUGGAUGGCUGCUACUAUGCAGUCAAACGCAUCCAGGUGAACCCAGCCAGCCGGCAUUUCCGCCGCAUCAAGGGUGAAGUGACGCUGCUGUCACGCCUGAACCACGAGAACAUUGUGCGCUACUACAAUGCCUGGAUGGAGCGACAGGAGGCACCAAGUGCAGCCGUGGUGGGCAGCAACAGCUCUGAAGCAUCCAGCACGCCCUCCCGGACCACCCCCCGCCCACCCGCCGCCCCGGCCCGGCCCUGCCGCCUAAACGAGUUGGGUCUGCCCGACGACUUCGAGGCUGACGCACCCCCGCCGGCGCUUGCUAGCUCUGUGGAGUGGAGCACCUCACUGGAGAGGUCGUCCAGCGCCAAGUGCACAGCCACCGACUCCAGUGAUGAUGAUGAAGAUGAGGCAGAUGUCUUCUGCCCAUCUUUUCUUCCCUCCAACAGUGAUUCAGAAAGUGACAUCAUCUUUGACAAUGGCGAUGCCAGCCGAGACAGUCUUGCACAGGCGUUUGCAGAAGCAUGUUUGCUUGUGCGUCCCAUACAGGAAGACUCGAGCAAGGUGAAGGGAGUGGAUGUGGCAGAGAGCACCGACUCGGAGAACACUCCCCUUAUUGCACAUUAUUUGUAUAUUCAGAUGGAAUACUGUGAAAAAAGCACUUUGCGAGACACAAUCGACCAGGGCCUUUACGAGGACUGCAGUCGCCUCUGGCGACUCUUCAGGGAGAUCCUAGACGGUCUUGCAUACAUUCACGAACAGGGAAUGAUUCAUAGGGACCUGAAGCCUGUUAACAUCUUCUUAGACUCUCAUGACCAUGUGAAGAUAGGAGACUUUGGCUUGGCUACUGACCAUCCAGCUUAUGUGGCUUCAGGCAGACUGGAGCUGGAAGACUUUGGCUCAGGCCUGGCCUUAAAAUCAGACCCCACAGGUAACAUGACGGGUAUGGUUGGCACUGCCCUGUAUGUCAGCCCAGAGGUCCAAGGAAAUACCAAAGCCACAUAUAAUCAGAAAGUGGAUCUCUUCAGUCUGGGUAUCAUCUUGUUUGAGAUGUCCUACAGGCCCAUGCCUACAGCUUCUGAGCGUAUCUCCGUCCUCAGCCACCUCAGGAAGGAGUCUAUUGACUUCCCUGAGGAUUUUGACAAAGAUGAGAAAGGAACAAAGAGAAAAGUGAUUUGUUGGUUACUGAACCACGACCCAGCCCUGCGGCCAACAGCUGUGGAGCUCCUGAAGAGCGACCUCCUGCCACCCCCACAGAUGGAGGAGUCAGAGCUCCACGAGGUGCUGCAGCACACCAUGGCCAAUGUGAUGGGCAAAGCCUACCGCACCAUGGUCAACCAGCUGUUCUCCCAGAACACUUCUCCCGUCAUGGAAUACACCUAUGAUAUCGACAUCCAUAAGGGCAGUUUUAAUUUUAACAUCACCAAACUUCACCAGUAUGUGUAUGAGACAAUCACAAGGGUCUUCAAAAAACACGGUGCUGUAAGACUACAGACCCCCCUACUGUUGCCCAGGACUAAGAACCUAUAUGAAGGUUGUGAGCUGGCAUGUUUUAUGGACCACAGUGGUAUGCUGGUCACACUUCCCUAUGACCUGCGGGUUUCUUUUGCCAGAUUUGUGGCCAAAAAUAACAUUUCGCAUGUAAAAAGGUACAUCAUCGAGCGUGUGUUCAGGCCACGGAAGCUGGACCGGGCUCACCCCAGAGAGCUGCUGGAGUGUGCUUUUGACAUAGUGGUUCCUGUCAUGGGCGGUCUGCUCCCUGAUGCUGAGACCAUCUACACCGUCUCUGAGGUCAUCCAGGAGUUCAGCGCUCUCCAGGAGAGGAAUUACAACAUCUACCUGAACCACACAAACCUGCUGCGAGCCAUCCUGUUGCACAGUGGUGUACCAGAAGACAAACUGAGCCAGGCCUCCAGUAUACUGUGUGAUGCCAUGAGUGAAAAGCUGACAAGGCGGGAGGUGGAAGCAAAGUUCUGUAACCUGUCCUUGUCCAAUAACAGUCUGCAGACGGUGUAUAAGUUCAUUGAACAGAAGGGUGACCUGCGCGACCUUGUCCCCCUCAUCAACACUCUCACCAAACAGAAGAGCACUGCUGUGGCUCAGCUGGCCAAACAGGGGCUCAAGGACCUGGAGGAGGUCACUGAACUGAUAAAGAAACUGGGAGUGAAACUGCAGGUGGUGGUCAACCUGGGCCUAGUCUACAAGGUGCAGCACCACUGUGGCGUCAUCUUCCAGUUCGUGGCCUUUAUCAAGAAACGCAGGCGCACUGUGCCUGACAUUGUGGCAGCAGGAGGGAGAUACGACCAUCUGGUGCUAGAGUUCCGUGCUCCGGGUGCCACCGCUCCCGUGCCCUCGGCUGUGGGGGCCAGCAUCGCCCUGGAUAAGAUCUGCACCGCUGUGGCGACCAUGGCAGAACCGCCCUCCGUGAGCUCCUGCGACGUGCUGGUGGUUCCCGUCGGCCACAGCUCCAUGGGUAGGGCCAUCAGCGUCACCCAGAAGCUGUGGACGACCGGUGUGUCAGCCGACCUUGUCUAUGAUGCACUACAGUCUCAGGAGACUCUUCUGGACCACUGCAGACUUGCAGGCAUUACAUUCAUGGUUCUUGUCUCUGACAAAGACGGCAACUGUCUUAAGGUAAAGUGUUUUGAGAAGGAUCGUCAGUCAGAAAAGAGGAUUCCCGAGUCAGACCUGGUGGACCAUAUCAUUCAAAGAUGUCGGACCAAGCUCUCUGAGGAGAGAAACCGAGAGAUAUCAGAGGGAGCCUCUCUCCAGAAUGCCAAGGGUUCUCUGCUGGUAAACUCAGGAUCGCUGGAGCAGCACGGCAGCAGCACUGCAAUGAACAUGAACGUCUACCUGGUCACACCAGAGAAGGUUUCUGCCAGUGCGCGGCGACGCUAUGAGACGCAGAUCCAAACCAGAUUGCAGAAUCUUGGUAGCAAUUUGCAGAACAAGAGCAGUGACAUCGAAGUGUUGGCUGUUGACCUGCCGAAGGAAACCCUCAUCAACUUCCUGUCCCUGGAGUUUGACGGAGAGGAGCAGUUCAACAUCAGCGUCAAGCACCUGCUGUCACGGCUCCCCAAACAGCGCUACCUGAAGUCCAUCUGUGAGGAGAUCCACCGGUUUAAAAUCAUAAAAGGGGUUGCUGUGGUUAUCUUGUACAGUUACAGAGAUGACUACUACAAGAUUCUUCUCUAAACCAAAUGUCACUUCCCUUACUAGACAACAUAACUUUUUUCCUCUGAAGGACUGGAGUUAGAAUCCUGCAAUAAGGCACUUAUCUUCUGUAAUGAAGGUAAUUUACAUUUCUAUCAGGGAGUGGAUUUCAAAUGUACAAAUCAGUGAUGUCGCGGCCCAGUAAUGAUUUACCAGUUUUGAAACUGCAUUCUGUAAAUCUCAGUAGGGAUUAUUGGAUUACUGGAUUGACUCCAGUAGUAUUAAUAUUUGAUGGUGUAUUAUAAUACUUUAAAUCAUUAAAUCAUGUAUAUUCCCUUACAAAA